AUGGAAUCUACCGUACGCACAUUUCAAGUCUUCGGCCUGACCUCAAGCCUUCUCCUCGCCGGCGUGAAUCUCGGCUCCUCGCAUCUCACGGUUCCCUUUCUGUAUAACCAGCCUACAUCUGUCAACACACCUUUCUUCAAAGAAUUCUACACUCGCGGUGCUCUGACCCUUGUUCCCCUUGCCAUAUUCUCGGGCGCAUCGUCAGGCAUAGUCGCCUAUAUCCCUCCCGCUCAACGUACACUCUGGAUUGUUGCGGCUGUAACCACGCUGUCUCAGCUGCCAUGGACUGGACUUGGGAUGAUGGCUACGAACACUCGCCUCAACGACAUCGCGGCUAGCAGUGUUGAACAGGAGAAGGCAAGUCAGCAGGAAGUUGUGAAUUUGUUGAAGAAGUGGUGA